CUGUGCAAAGGAGGCGGAAUCAUUUGAGUGACUGACAUCCAGACAACAACAUGCUUGCUUAUCUAGCAUGCUUCAUCCUUGUCCUUCUCUGCCAACAUCCAGGGCCAGCAACCUCUGGAGCCCCGAAGGAGCUGGUUGGUAACCUUGGUGGGUCUGUGACUUUCCCUCUGAAGCUCCCAGGAAUUCAGAUAGACACUAUCGUCUGGACGUUCAACACAACCCCUCUCGUCACCAUAGAGCCAAAAAUGCCAGACAGACAAGCCAACGUCAUAGUGACCCACAGUCAUAACAAGGAAAGAGUGAAGUUUUUACAAGGAAACUACUCCCUGAAGCUCAGCAAACUGAGUAAGAAUGACUCUGGUGACUACCGCAUGGUGAUAUACAGCUCUUCCCUCAAAGACUCCUUCAGCCAGGAGUAUAGGCUGCGUGUCUAUGAACACCUAUCAAAGCCCAAAGUUACCAUGGGUCUGCAGAACAAUAAGAAUGGCACCUGUCUCACCAACCUGACAUGCUUCAUGGACCAGGGAGGAGAGGAUGUGACCUACAGCUGGGAGUCCCUGGGGCAGGCAGCCAAUGAGUCCCAUAAUGGCUCCAUCCUCCCCAUAUCCUGGAGGCUGGGAGAAAGGGACACGAUCUUCAUCUGUGUGGUCAGGAACCCCAUCAGCAGCAACUCUUCAAACCCCAUCUUUGCCUGGAAGCUCUGUGAAGGUGCGGCUGCUGACUCAGAAUCCUCCAUGAUCCUGGCUUCCCUGGGGGUGCUGUUGCUGAUCAUUGCCUUUGCACUCAUGCCAGUUCUUCUGAUUAUGCAGAGAGAAAAAAGAAAAGAGUCCAUUGAAGAGAGGAAGGGAAUGGACACUCAUCAGGAAAUUCCUAACCACUACCCCCCGUCUGGAGAGACCCCAGUUUACGACACAAUCACUUGCGUUGAUAAAACUAUUCCAGAGGAAAAUCCAGAAAAAACACUUUAUUUCUCAGUGCAAAUACCUCAAAAGAUGGAGGAGCCCCACUCUACACCCAUAUCCCCAGACACACCAACGUUAUUUACCUAUGAGAUCGUCAACUAAACAGCAGUGCAUUGCUUCUGCCUCAUGAAGAUGGCGAAGAAGGAAGCCCCUGCCCCUCCCAAAGCCAAAGCCAAAGCAAAGGCUUUGAAGGCCAAGAAAGCAGUGCUGAAAGGUGUCCACAGUCAUAAAAAAAGAAGAAGAUCUGCACGUCACCUACAUUCUGGCAGCCCAAAACACUGCGUCUCCAAAGGCAGCCCAAAUAUCCUGGGAAGAGCAGCCUCAGGAGAAACAGGCUUGACCACUAUGCCAUCAUCAAGCUCCCCCUGACUACCGAGUCAGCCGUGAAGAAGAAAAUGGAAGACACAACACACUUGUUUCAUCGUGGGUGUCAAGGCCAACAAGCACCAGAUCAGACAGGCCGUGAAGAAGCUCUACGAUAUUGGCGUGGCCAAGGUCAACACUCUGAUCAGGCCUGAUGGAGAAAAGGAAACAUAUGUUCGACUGGCUCCCAACUAUGAUGUUUUGGAUGUUGCCAACAAAAUUGGGAUCAUCUAAACUGAGUCCAGCUGGCUAAAUCUAAAUAUAAAAUUUUUCACCAUAAAAAAAAAAAAAAAAAAAGAAAAUGGUAAAAAAAAAAAAAAAAAAAAUCACUGAAUUGACCAGAAAUAUCAAGGAAGAAUGAAUUACUGACUUCCUUCCAGAGCGACUACCUUCAGAUUUGAGGUCCUUCAGAUGAGUUCCUAAUUCCAUCCACUCCUGAGAAAUGUCCUCAAACCAUGAAUGGGUAACCAUCUCUUCCUGGAAAUGUGAUGGUGAGUUUAUCAGCCAACCCCAAGCAAGGGGCUUAGCAGUGUCUCCACAAAAUGUAAAUGCAGCGUCCGUCGUAAGAAUGACAGCUCCCAUUCUAGGGCUUGGAGGUCAGGAGUAGACCUAGAGUCUGGCAGCCAAAAGGGCAAGAAUAUAGGAAUGGCAGACAUUUCCAGAAGAAGCAGACGUAGUAGCCAGAAAGGGAUUCACUAGCCACCUCAUUAACCGUGUUCCUGGCACUGUGCUGAGCCUACACUGAUUUUGGUCAGGUGUGAUCUCUGCCCUUAUGAAACUGGUUCCUCAUGAAUGACUUCUGUGGGCAUUAGGAGCAGGUCUCACCACAAAUCCCCAAUAACCGGAGAGCCAAGUGUGGAUCCACAGGACCUGGAGGUCAAAGAACCCAAGGACAGAGAAGCCAGGCAGAAGACUAUGUUUGGCCGGAUGGAAAUUCUAAAGUGUGUCUGGACUGAAGACAAGGACUGCUGCCUCAGCUCUACUUACACUCCGUGCUGUAGGUGAGAAGGUCGUGCCUUAGGGCUGUACAAAAGCCCAUCUCAAUGGAGACACUGAACCUGAAGACACAUUUCGAAUCUAUUAUAAAAGACGCGGAACUAGAGGCGAUCAUGUAUAAAUAUUUAAAGUUGUGUAAUUCAUUCAACCAAUAUUUAUUGAGAAUCCCCGCCAGGUCAGUCUGGCAAAUAAAAUGUAUGUAAUCCCCGCCCCUCA